AAAAAAUACUAAUAAUAAUUAUUCAAAUAUAAUUUUUGUAUAUUAAAUAAAAAUGAUUUUGUGAACAUAUAUUAGAUUGGCCAAUUUAUUGUAGAAUUAUUAUAAAAUAGGAUAUCUUUAUAUAUUAAAAGUGUCUAUCUAACGGCAUUUCUUGGUUUAACAGAAUAUACAAAGAAUAUUCUGUUAAAUUUAACGAUGUUAAUAGGUUUAUCUCCCGUUAAUAAAUAAACUCAAUAAUUAAACCCAAAAAAUUAAAUAAUCUUUUUUUAAAUUAAAAAAAAUCAUCUUAGCCACAUAUCUCUCUAACAAACCGUAUAUCCCAUUUUCUCGCUUUGGUUUACGAUCAACCAAAUGCAGCUAUGGCUUUGCACUCCGGUAUAGGUUUUUCCAAGAUCCUCGUCAUAGCCGGAACAGGGUACACUACCACUGUUUUGUUCAAUAACCAUAAAUUAUCGGACUUGCUCGGAGAGAAGCUUUUCUCAGAAGCUAGAGAGAGAAACAAAAUCAGCAGAGUAAAGAGAGAGAGAGCUUCGAUCGACAAUGGUGUAUUGGGAAGUCCGGCGGUGCCGCCGUUAUCGACGGCGGACUCGCCACAGAGCUCGAACGCCAUGGCGCGGACCUCAACGAUCCUCUAUGGAGCGCCAAAUGCCUUCUCACUUCCCCUCACCUUAUUCGUGGGGUUCAUGGAUUUGCUGAAGAUCUUAUGGGGAAAAAAGUUGCUACAAUAUUUGGAAAGUGGGAUGAAAGCAUGUAUUAUGUUAAUGGUGACAGGGGCAACAAUAUGUAUUAUGUCUUUCUAUUUUAUAUAUCCUACGGAUUCCAGGCUUAGACCAGACCAACGACAUUUGGAGAAUGGAGAAUAUGAGAAGGCAAAUGCUGAGAAACAACGUUUAGAGAAAAAGCAAAGAAUGUCAAGGAAAUUACAAGAAAGUGGAUGGAAACCAAAAUAGUUCGAAAGAGGAAGUGAAGAUGGACCUUUCUGCUACAUGGGUCGGUAGUCCUUACUAUGUCGUCCCAGAAGUGUUACGGAAGCAUUAUGGUCCAGAAUGUGAUGUUUGGAGCGCUGGGGUAAUCAUUUAUAUUUUACAUAGUGGAGUGCCCCCAUUUUGGGAUGAAUUGGAGCAAGGAAUAUUUGAGCAGGUUUUAAGGGGAGAACUCGAUUUUAUCUCUGAACCAUGGCCUAGCAUAUCUGAAAGUGCAAAGGAUCUUGUUCGAAGAAUGCUUGUAAGGGACCCUAAGAAGCGGCUUACGGCCCAUGAAGUUCUUAGUAAGUUAAUGGUCUUGAUUGAUUAUUAUGUCAGGUGACUUAAUUUGUUUAGCAUCCAUAGUCAUACAUUUUAUUUUUCUAUUGUAUAGAUGCAUCUUUUUAGUCUAAAUAAGCAAUAUCAUUUGACACUGGCAUGAUCUGGAGCUUUUUUUUUUUAUCAUAAAGUAAAAGAAAUAUGCAAUAUGAAUUGUUUUAUGAUCUAGAGUUCUGACCCUCCUUUUUAAAAAUUCUAAUGGUAUAAACUAGAAUGUGGUGAUUUGAGCAUUAGUAGUAGCUUUUCCCAUUUAAAAUAUGACGACUUAUAGUUUUUUUUUUCAUUCCAAAUAAUAUGUUCUUCUAACUUAAAACUAGGCUUCACAUAUUUGUUUUAAUGCUUCUAUUAUGUCGUAGGCCACCCUUGGGUUCAAGUUGGUGGUGUUGCUCCUGACAAACCUCUUGAUUCCGCUGUUUUAUAGCGCUUGAAACAAUUCUCUACUAUGAACAAGCUGAAGAAAAUAGCCAUUAGGAUGUCGAUAAUAGUGGACAGAUCACUCUUGAGGAACUAAAGAAUGGUUUGGAAAAGGUAGAUGCAAAUCUCAAGGAUUCCGAAAUAAGUGGACUAAUGCAAGCGGUAAGUAAUGAUUCUGAUUUAGGGAACUGUAAUAAGGCUUGUAAAAAUUGUAUAAUCAAUCUUGUUUGCUAUUUAUUGAAACCUAUUCCGGUUGUUUUGUUAAAAAUAAAA